GUGUGUGUGUGUGUGUGUGUGUGUAGUGUUUCGGUCUCCUCGGCGUGAACGGAGCUGGAAAGACGACGACCUUUAAGAUGCUCACAGGAGACACGGUAGUGACAAGCGGAGAGGCGUUCCUGGCUGGGAAGAGUAUCCUGAGGGAGAUCCAUGAGGUCCAUCAGAACAUGGGUUACUGUCCUCAGUUUGACGCCAUCAACGAGCUGCUGACGGGACGAGAACAUCUGGAGCUGUAUGCUGUCCUGAGAGGAGUCCCCGAGAAGGAAGUCUGUGAUGUGGCGGACUGGGGGAUCAGGAAGUUGGGUCUUCUGAAGUACGCUGAUAAAGCAGCAGGAAGUUACAGCGGAGGAAACAUGAGGAAACUGUCCACAGCCAUGUCUCUGAUCGGAGCGCCACCUGUCGUCUUCCUGGACGAGCCCACCACGGGCAUGGACCCCAAAGCUCGCCGGGCGCUCUGGAACUGCAUCCACAGCGUCAUCAAGGAGGGACGCUCCAUCGUCCUCACCUCACACAGUAUGGAGGAGUGUGAGGCUCUGUGCACCAGGAUGGCCAUCAUGGUGAACGGCAGGUUCAGAUGUCUCGGCAGCGUCCAACACCUGAAGAACAGGUUUGGUGACGGCUACACCAUCAUCCUGCGGGUGGCAGGGCCCGACCCUGACCUGCUGCCUGUCAUGAAGUUCAUCGAGAGCGAGCUGAGUGGCAGCACGCUGAAGGAGAAACAUCGCAACAUGCUGCAGUACCAGCUGCCAUCAUCGCUCACCUCGCUCGCUCACAUCUUCUCUAUCCUCGCCAAAAACAAAGAGACGCUGAGGAUCGAAGACUAUUCCGUCACUCAGACCACGCUCGACCAGGUGUUUGUGAACUUUGCAAAGGACCAGAGCGACGACUAUCACUCCAAAGACUCCGUGAGACGAAAAGACGUGUCCAUCGAGGUCCCGACGCUGAGCUCCGCCCCCGGAGCACCAGAGGGCGAUGGUGCUCUGAGAGAGAGUGUCAUGUGACCAUGUGAUGUCAGGAGGCUGGAGAUUCAGCCUGGAAUUGACCCUAUAGCAGGGAGGACACCCCCCCUCACCGGUUGUGAUGUCAUACUGAUUUGUAGUGGGCGGAGUCACUGCUGCCUCAUGCCAGUCAAUGCAAAUAAUUUCUUGUGGAGUCGCUGUGCUGCUCGCUGGCCACCGACCAGACUGUUAUAAACCUUGAAUGUGUUCCAGCUCUGCGCUGCGACACAGACAUCUUGUUUGUGGGACUGAAGCUGCGCCUCGAACGACCUCGUCAAGUCUUUUUUUAUUCUCAACUAACGAUGAAGAAUCCAAAUCAUUUCAAACGGCCAAGGGCUCAACUGCAAAAAUCACAUUUUAAAAAACGUGAAUGAUUCAAAUUUUACUCACAGACUUUUAUUUAUGUGUAGCUGUAAUUUGAUGUUUUAUGAGUCCAAGGGGCAUCACUGCUUCCUGUAGUGUUUAACAGCCAAUCAGAAUGCUUGACACAGACGAGAGGAAGAGUUGAUUGAUUUUGUAGUUUUUUAAGAAACGAUGAUAAACCGGCAGAUUUGUUCAUCCGGGUGUGAAACGGUGAAAUACCUCAUCAGCUCUUCAAAGCACACCACAGUAUCAAUCAGUAUUUAUCGAUCAAUAUGGAUCAGCCUUGAUCUGUAUUGAUCACAGAUCACUGAUCCUUCAUGCCUGUUUUAACCAGCAGGAGGCGACACUGAAUCAUUCAGUCUUCAGCACUUUGUGUUUGUACUGAGCUUGUCGUCACAUGGUUCAUGUUUACUUCAAGUGACAGCGAAGGCUGAUGGGAAAAACUGUUACUGACCCUGAAAAAAAUAAAAAUGAAACAAAUCUAC